ACCGACGACGGUUUGGUCCGCCACCGAAUCACCAUUCACCAACCCGCGCUGUCCCUUGGACCGAGCCAGAGCCGAGACCCGAGCAGGCGAACCCAGAAGCCGCUCGCCAUGGCGACGACGCGGCCGGCGCGCAGCGACCCGCACCUUCCGCCGGAGGAGGCGGCGCGCGUGGAGGCCGAGGUGCGGGGCUACUUCGACAGCGCCGCGCCGAGGCGCCCGGCCAAGCCGCCGCGCAGCGACCCGUCGGAGGACGUCGCCGGCGCGGAGGCAGGCGCCGGGGACCACGACCUGCCGGAGCUCCGCAAGCUGCGCGACCUCGAGGCCAAGCCCCAGAAGCUGGUGCUGGACGGAGCAGGGGAUGUGGACGGCGGGGAGGAGUACGUGGAGACGCGGUACUACGAUGGGCUCAUAGGCAUCGACAAGCAGCAUCACACGACCGGUACAGGUUUUAUCAAAGUGGAGAGACCCAAUGGAAGCGGCUUUAGCGUAACGAGCAACGGCUCCUCAUCUACCAGCUUUGUCCGAUGCACGAGCAAUCCUGCGACGAAUGAUUGGAUACCAUCCGCUGAGACCGUCAUCCCAGCUUCGAACAAGCCCAGCAGGAGUGACUCCUGAUCGGACUUCCUUGCCUUUAGAGAGUGCGGUGAAUUGUAUCCAAAUCUUUUCGGGGUAAUAAUAAGAUGAUAAUAAAGAGCACCACCGUCUCUGUGUGAUGUCAACGGAAGACGAGCAGCGGCCGCGAGGUACUGAACGACACAACACAACGGCGCAGGUGCACAGGUUUGAGCGGAGAUGUGUGGCUACUUAAAACCAAGAAUGUGUACGGUUACCUCAGCACGUUGUAAUUUGUUGCUGCACACUACUGUUGAGAAUGCUCUACAGAGUCUGAAUGAAUGUGAUUGAUUUGAUAA